AUGGCAAACACAUCCCAAGUUUUCUACUGCCUCUGGCAGGAAGAGAACAUACGUGAGAAGCUCUUCAGCCUUCUCUCAAAGGAGGACAUCUGUGCCGUCAGGAUCGCCAACUCAGCCUGCUGCAAUCUACUUACCAAACGCCUAUUUAUGCGAACCAACCUGACCUUCACCGCCAACACCUUCACAAGGCCGUGUCGUGUCCAGGCUCUGUCCCGUAUCGGGCAUCACAUUGAACACCUUACCUUCUACUUCCCACACUCAGAGGCGACGUUUCUGCCACCUCUGAUCCACCCAUUGACGGGUCAUGAGAUCAGCUUCUUGUACACGCCACACACAUCAAUGGCUUCGGUCUUGGCGAGACCAAAGUACGGCAACUCAGAACUAGGGGACAUCCUCACACAGCAAUACCCCCCGCUGUUCCAUGCCGCAACUAAUGUGCCAUCAUUCAUCAAUGCGAUGAAGCACUUACCCAAUAUGAGGCACUUGACUAUCAAAACUCCGGGUCAAGAUCCAAGUGAGCGCUAUCGGCGAGACAUUGUCGACUAUGCCCUCAUCAGCCUGCGGAUAUCAAUAGAGAGAACAACACUGAAUAAGCUCAGCAAGCUUUCUCUUUCAUCUGUUCACCCUGCCGCAUUCAACUAUCUCCGUCAUGUCCCAGGCUUCGGCUGCAUGCCCUCAGCUGGCAGGCGAUGGAAGCAGAUCCGCAAGCUGUACAUCUCCGUCGAGUCUUGGGACUUCUACGGAACUUCGCCGGGACUGGACCACCUGAAGAUCAUGGACGACUACGUCCGGCACUUUGCGCCCAGCCUCGACAAGUUCACCUUCACCUGGCUGGGGCGCAAGGGGCCGUGCCCGCUCGCGCUGGCCGGCGACCCGCUGUUCGCGCCGCCGCGCAACUCCAAGAAGCUCUUCAACGAGGUGACGAGCCCGAUGUCGCCGCUGCCACCGACGCCGCGGGUGCGGCGGCCCAUCGUGUUCCCGCGGCUGCGCUACCUGCAGGUGCGCAACGCCACGAUGAACGCGCCGCAGCUGGCGGACCUCGUCGCGAGCCACCGCGGCACCGUGCGCGAGUUCGACUUUGAGAACGUGGCGCUGCUCGGCGGCGGCAGCUGGGACGACGCGCUCGCCCCGCUCAUGGACGGCGCGGCCAACAGCGACGUGUGGUCGCGCUGCUCGACCGGCGGCGGCUGGUCGGAGGCGGAGAGCUUCGGCACUGCCACCACGAGCGCUGCCCACGACGAGGCUGAGCUGCCGAGCCCGAGCGCUGCUGUUGCGGCUGUCUCGAAGGAGCUCCUCGAUCUAGACAUUGAGGGGUUGGAGGCGUUUGUUGGUGUCAAUAACGAAUACCAGCCUCAUGCUGAGCCAGAAGGCGAGGGUGAAGAACCAGAGGCCAUUCCAGAGCAGCCAGUUGAGAUAAUGGAGCCAGUCGAGGAGGAAGAUGACGGCGGCCUAGCCUCAGACAUUGCAGCUGCGAAAGAAGCAAGCAUGAGCUUCAGUACAAAACUGAAGAAGAAGCGUGUGCGCAGACGGCGCCGCAAGCCUUGGCAUAUGAAGGACCACACCACCGAAGAUGGCUCAGGGGACGAGCAACAUCGCUCCAGAGCCGACGACGAGCGCAGCGAGAAGAGCGAGCGCCACCACCAUCGCGAUCAGCGGCAGCGGCAGCGGCAGCGCAGCGGCUCGUCUCAUCGCCGGCACCAUCAUGACACGCCUCGCCAUCCGCUCAGCGGUGAGCCCAUGCCGGAUCUCUCGUCGCAUCCGUACCACCAGCAGUCGGAGGUGCCCGAAGUCAUCGGCACCGAUGACGAGGCAGACUACUACCGCCCGGAGACGCCGCGGCCGCUCAGACCUCUCAGCAUCUCGGCCCCCAUGCCGGCCGAACCGUUGGCCGUCCUGCUCCAGCCGACAGUCUACAACCCCUCUGGGAGUGGCUCUGGGGCUGCAGGCGAUGGCCUCAGCGCGGUGCAGCGCAACAUAGAGCAGGAGGAGGCACAGCGGCUCCUGGCAGAGGAUGUGUCGGCGCGGGUCUCAGCCUUGCGCAAGGCGAAGGAGGCCGUGCUCCUCAAGCUCAGCCGGGAGUUCUGCAAGGGCAAAAACAAGAAGUCCAUUGGCCUUGCUGCACGGUGCGGAGCCGGUGAGAGCACCAUUGGGUUUGCGCACACGUCCAACGCGGGCAUGAGAAGUCUAUUUGGCGCUAGAAGCGUGAUGAACGUCGCGCAGACUCACCAGAGUCUUGAAAGUAACUCGGCAUUGGUGCCGUUGAUGUUUAGUCGUAGCUGA